CAGUUGGGAAUAAAAUUCAAAACCGGGGGACGCGUAUAAAUAUUUGUGCAACCAAUUAGCCCGUGUCAGUUCAAGUGCAACAUUCACAAAAAAACCAGAGUCUCAUUGGAUCUUUUAAAUGAAAGAUACCGUAUUAUUACUGCUAUGUGCAGUUGCACUAGCGCACAGUUACGUUCAUAACACACAACGAUGCAACUGCGAUCCUUCUGAAGCUAGACAGAUCUGCGAGUCUAACUAUGGUUUAGACGACGUAUUAGUAGCUCACGAAUAUUGCGACAAAUUCUACAAAUGUGCAAAUGGAAGGCCAGUGGCAUAUCAAUGCCCAGAUAAUCUUCUGUACGAUCCAGUAGCUGAACGAUGUGAGUGGCCCAACGAGGUUAACUGUGGCAAUAGGCCAAUUUCAGACGGCAAUGACUGCAACGAAACUGAUGUAUCUUCAUCGACACAGGAACCAGUCUCAUCCUCAUCCUCUUCUACAACUUCACGUCCAAUAGAUGACGAAACAUGCAACUGCAGACCCGAGGAGGCACCUUCUAUUUGCGCAGCGGACGGAUCAGAUGGUGUUUUAGUGGCAAACGAAAACUGCAACCAGUUCUACAUAUGCGACCACGGAAAACCAGUUGCUCUGUCCUGUCCCGGAAACUUGCUGUACAACCCUUACAUCGAACAAUGCGACUGGCCAGAGAAUGUGGACUGCGGAGACAGAGUUAUUCCAGACACAAGCCAAACUCCACCUCCAGGACCAUCCCCGGAUCCAACUACAUCUCCAACAGGAUCCCCGAAUCCAACUCCCACUCCAUCACCAUCCACUCCAGGAAGCGGAACCUGCAACUGCAGACCCGAGGAGGCACCUUCUAUUUGCGCAGCGGACGGAUCAGAUGGUGUUUUAGUGGCAAACGAAAACUGCAACCAGUUCUACAUAUGUGACCACGGAAAACCAGUUGCUCUGUCCUGUCCCGGAAACUUGCUGUACAACCCUUACAUCGAACAAUGCGACUGGCCAGAGAAUGUGGACUGCGGAGACAGAGUUAUUCCAGACACAAGCCAAACUCCACCUCCAGGACCAUCCCCGGAUCCAACUACAUCUCCAACAGGAUCCCCGAAUCCAACUCCCAUUCCAUCACCAUCCACUCCAGGCAGCGGAACCUGCAACUGCAGACCCGAGGAGGCACCUUCUAUUUGCGCAGCGGACGGAUCAGAUGGUGUUUUAGUGGCAAACGAAAACUGCAACCAGUUCUACAUAUGUGACCACGGAAAACCAGUUGCUCUGUCCUGUCCCGGAAACUUGCUGUACAACCCUUACAUCGAACAAUGCGACUGGCCAGAGAAUGUUGACUGCGGAGACAGAGUUAUUCCAGACACAAGCCAAACUCCACCUCCAGGGCCAUCCCCGGAUCCAACUACAUCUCCAACAGGAUCCCCGAAUCCAACUCCCACUCCAUCACCAUCCACUCCAGGCAGCGGAACCUGCAACUGCAGACCCGAGGAGGCACCUUCUAUUUGCGCAGCGGACGGAUCAGAUGGUGUUUUAGUGGCAAACGAAAACUGCAACCAGUUCUACAUAUGUGACCACGGAAAACCAGUUGCUCUGUCCUGUCCCGGAAACUUGCUGUACAACCCUUACAUCGAACAAUGCGACUGGCCAGAGAAUGUUGACUGCGGAGACAGAGUUAUUCCAGACACAAGCCAAACUCCACCUCCAGGACCAUCCCCGGAUCCAACUACAUCUCCAACAGGAUCCCCGAAUCCAACUCCCACUCCAUCACCAUCCACUCCAGGCAGCGGAACCUGCAACUGCAGACCCGAAGAGGCACCUUCUAUUUGCGCAGCGGAUGGAUCAGAUGGUGUUUUAGUGGCAAAUGAAAACUGCAACCAGUUCUACAUAUGCGUCCACGGAAAACCAGUUGCUCUGUCCUGUCCCGGAAACUUGCUGUACAACCCUUACAUCGAACAAUGCGACUGGCCAGAGAAUGUGGACUGCGGAGACAGAGUUAUUCCAGACACAAGCCAAACUCCACCUCCAGGACCAUCCCCGGAUCCAACUACAUCUCCAACAGGAUCCCCGAAUCCAACUCCCACUCCAUCACCAUCCACUCCAGGCAGCGGAACCUGCAACUGCAGACCCGAGGAGGCACCUUCUAUUUGCGCAGCGGACGGAUCAGAUGGUGUUUUAGUGGCAAACGAAAACUGCAACCAGUUCUACAUAUGUGACCACGGAAAACCAGUUGCUCUGUCCUGUCCCGGAAACUUGCUGUACAACCCUUACAUCGAACAAUGCGACUGGCCAGAGAAUGUUGACUGCGGAGACAGAGUUAUUCCAGACACAAGCCAAACUCCACCUCCAGGGCCAUCCCCGGAUCCAACUACAUCUCCAACAGGAUCCCCGAAUCCAACUCCCACUCCAUCACCAUCCACUCCAGGCAGCGGAACCUGCAACUGCAGACCCGAAGAGGCACCUUCUAUUUGCGCAGCGGAUGGAUCAGAUGGUGUUUUAGUGGCAAAUGAAAACUGCAACCAGUUCUACAUAUGCGUCCACGGAAAACCAGUUGCUCUGUCCUGUCCCGGAAACUUGCUGUACAACCCUUACAUCGAACAAUGCGACUGGCCAGAGAAUGUUGACUGCGGAGACAGAGUUAUUCCAGACACAAGCCAAACUCCACCUCCAGGACCAUCCCCGGAUCCAACUACAUCUCCAACAGGAUCCCCGAAUCCAACUCCCACUCCAUCACCAUCCACUCCAGGCAGCGGAACCUGCAACUGCAGACCCGAGGAGGCACCUUCUAUUUGCGCAGCGGACGGAUCAGAUGGUGUUUUAGUGGCAAACGAAAACUGCAACCAGUUCUACAUAUGUGACCACGGAAAACCAGUUGCUCUGUCCUGUCCCGGAAACUUGCUGUACAACCCUUACAUCGAACAAUGCGACUGGCCAGAGAAUGUUGACUGCGGAGACAGAGUUAUUCCAGACACAAGCCAAACUCCACCUCCAGGACCAUCCCCGGAUCCAACUACAUCUCCAACAGGAUCCCCGAAUCCAACUCCCACUCCAUCACCAUCCACUCCAGGCAGCGGAACCUGCAACUGCAGACCCGAAGAGGCACCUUCUAUUUGCGCAGCGGAUGGAUCAGAUGGUGUUUUAGUGGCAAAUGAAAACUGCAACCAGUUCUACAUAUGCGUCCACGGAAAACCAGUUGCUCUGUCCUGUCCCGGAAACUUGCUGUACAACCCUUACAUCGAACAAUGCGACUGGCCAGAGAAUGUUGACUGCGGAGACAGAGUUAUUCCAGACACAAGCCAAACUCCACCUCCAGGACCAUCCCCGGAUCCAACUACAUCUCCAACAGGAUCCCCGAAUCCAACUCCCACUCCAUCACCAUCCACUCCAGGCAGCGGAACCUGCAACUGCAGACCCGAGGAGGCACCUUCUAUUUGCGCAGCGGAUGGAUCAGAUGGUGUUUUAGUGGCAAAUGAAAACUGCAACCAGUUCUACAUAUGCGUCCACGGAAAACCAGUUGCUCUGUCCUGUCCCGGAAACUUGCUGUACAACCCUUACAUCGAACAAUGCGACUGGCCAGAGAAUGUUGACUGCGGAGACAGAGUUAUUCCAGACACAAGCCAAACUCCACCUCCAGGACCAUCCCCGGAUCCAACUACAUCUCCAACAGGAUCCCCGAAUCCAACUCCCACUCCAUCACCAUCCACUCCAGGCAGCGGAACCUGCAACUGCAGACCCGAGGAGGCACCUUCUAUUUGCGCAGCGGACGGAUCAGAUGGUGUUUUAGUGGCAAACGAAAACUGCAACCAGUUCUACAUAUGCGCCUACGGAAAACCAGUUGCUCUGUCCUGUCCCGGAAACUUGCUGUACAACCCUUACAUCGAACAAUGCGACUGGCCAGAGAAUGUGGACUGCGGAGACAGAGUUGUUCCAGACCCAAGCCAAACUCCACCUCCAGGACCAGGAUCAUCCCCGAAUCCAACUCCAUCUCCAACAGCAUCCACUCCAAGCAGCGGAACCUGCAACUGCAGACCCGAGGAGGCACCUUCUAUUUGCGCAGCGGACGGAUCAGAUGGUGUUUUAGUGGCACACGAAAUCUGCAACAAGUUCUAUAAAUGUAACCACGGAAAACCAGUCUCCCUUUACUGCUACGGAGACUUGCUGUACAACCCUUACAUCGAACAAUGUGACUGGCCCGAGAAUGUCGUCUGCGGAGAGAGAGUUGUUCCAGAUCCAGGCCAAACUGACGACCAGGAUCAUCCCAAGACCAUCGAUUCUAAUUGUAAUUAUGAUUACUAAAAAAAAUAUUUUAUAAAUAGCACGCCGUAUGACCACUGCCUGUGAAGAAAUGGCGCACCUGUUUGCUUAACAUUGAAAUAAGGUUUAAACAAAUUACAUUUAAAAAUUUUGAGAAAUAGAACAUUUCUUUAGCUUCUAAAUUAUUUAUAAAAUUCAGCCUUUAGAAUAUUAGCAAUAAAAUAAAAUCAGCUGCUAUAAAAUAACGACUACUUGAAGAAUAAUACGCAAUGAGACUGCAACGGGACAAAAGAGAAUGCCCGUUUUGCAUGAGCUGCUGGGUCUCAGUGCCAGUACAAAAUUGUUGUGCCUUGCUGAUAGUAAAGAUAUAUACAAUUCCUAAUUAGAAUCCAUUUUUUAUUUAUUCACCCUCGUAUAAACGAAUUUAUUGUUGCAAAAAUCAAAAUAAUGCACGAUUAGAAAGGGUGUUAAAUAAAUAAUGUUUUAAAAUAAAAUAAAACUAAGUUCAAACUAACUUUUUGUUUCUUUUAUAAUGAUUUAGAAGCUGAACAUUUUCAGAUGUGUAAAUAAAAAAAAAUAACUUUGAAAGCUUGUUGGAAUUUUUUUGAAACUAUUUGUAUCAAAUGAUAAUGUACCUCUUUAGAUUAAAUAGACUUUUGAGAAGACAACAAAA